AUGGAGACAAAGCCGUCUCGAAAACUUUUGGAUCUUUUUAGCGACCUAGCCGAAUUUGAUGACGAUAAACGACAACAAGCAGUUGUUGGCAUUGUAAAUGGAUUCCAAGCCGACGAUGAAUACUGCAUUAAUCGACUUUUGAGUGGACUAGCAUCUUCUCAUGCUGCAGCUCGUUUAGGAUUUUCCUGCGCUCUAACUUUAAUAUUGUCUGCGGAAUCUGAGACGUGGACUUCCGGGCGUUUGUUCAAUAUAAUCGAUGAGAAGUUAGCGCUUGAAAAAGAAGUUGCCAAGGAAUUGGUUUCUCGUGAAUUGAAAAUAAUGGAGCAGCAGACUUCUUUAGGUAUGGCUAUUUGUGACUCUAUUGCGCGACUUGCUCUGCAGGCUGAUGAAUCUCUGUUUGUUGUAUCUGUUUGGGAUCAAGUGAAAAAGUUUGUAACUGGACCAUUAAUUUCGAUUUUGCCGGAAUGGUUGUAUUUCAUUCUGCUUGUUGUCGAGAAAUUUUCUGUUAGUUUUGAACUCUAG